CACGUGACCGCCGUCAGCUGAUCAGGUGGCGGAACCAAACGGAAAGAUGGUGUCACUACUGAGCGGGCUGCCCGUCUCGGAAGGUCUCACCCUGUGUCACAGGGUGGUGGACGGGCUGUGUGGGCGCCAGGCGCCUCAACGGGGCCAUUACAGCGCGUCCUGGAGCUCGGAGGAGUGGCUGGAGCUGCUCCGCUUCCUCACAGCUCUCUUCUGCCGCGCAGUGGGGACCAACAGCUCCGAUGAAGAGGUGCUGGCGGGGCUGGUGGAUGCAGGCAGCAGCCACGCGGAGUCUGUGCGGACUGUGCUGACAGCGAGACGGCAGGAGAUCCGGGACGCCUUGCUGGACAGAAGCAACUCCAUCUCAUCUGCUGCUCUGCAGGACUUUGACUGGCAACUUAAGCUAGCUGUGUCCAGUGAUAAGAGCUCGUCGCUCCACACUCCUCUGCUCAGCCUCAGUCUGGAUGUGAGAGACAACACAGCCCUCCAGUCUGUCACCAUGGAGAUGAACAGAGAGGAGUUAAACACACUCAUCAGUUCACUUGAGGCUGCUAAUAAGGUGGUGAUGCAGUUGAAAUGAUGAAAAGACUCAAUCCCAUUCAAACGCAUUACAGGAAGUUAAUGGAUGUCUUCAGAAAGUGUAACAUGAAUCCACUGCCAUGAUGUUGUGUUGGAGACACAAUGUUUUUCAGAGCAAAUAAAGAAGUCUGCAUGUUG